UUUAUCAACACCAACUGUUGGGCGAUGUAUCAACGAAAUGAAUUUUCCACGCUUGACUAUGUAAUAUUUGCAGCCACCCUACUGGUAUCUCUUAGUAUAGGAAUAUACAAUGCUGUCAAAAACAGAAAUAAGCAAAGUACCAAGGAAAUUCUUUUGGCCGGCGGGAAUAUGGGAGUGCUGCCUGUUGCUUUGUCAUUGUUCGCUAGUUUUAUGUCUUCCAUUGCUAUUAUUGGAGUGCCUGCUGAAGUAUAUGUGUAUGACACAAUGUUUAUGUGGAGUGUACUUUCAUUUCCAAUAGCAAUAUUCCUAUCGGCGCAUGUGCAUAUUCCGAUAUUCUAUAAUUUAAAACUGACAAGUGCAUACGAGUAUCUGGAAUUGCGAUUUAGUAGAAGUGUGAGAAUUUUGGUGACGAUUUGUUUUUGCAUGUAUAUGAUAAUGUAUAUGUCUAUUGUUCUGUAUGCACCAGCUCUCGCUUUUAACGCAGUUACUGGAUUUUCAUUAUGGGGAGCUAUUUUAUCAGUUGGAACAGUGUGUACAAUAUAUACCGCUAUAGGAGGUAUGAAAGCAGUAUUGUGGACUGACUGUUUCCAGGCUGUCCUCAUGUUUAUUGGUGUCAUAGUAACCCUGAUUUGGGGAUCCAUUAAAGCUGGAGGAAUAUCAGAAGUCUGGAGAAUUGCAGGAGAACACGAGAGAAUUAAAUUCUUUGAUUUUAGUUUCGAUCAUUCUACACGUUAUACUGUAUGGACUGGUGUAUUUGGUCAAGCAAUGAUGUGGACAACACUGUUUGGAACAAACCAAGCGCAAAUACAAAGAACUCUGACAUGUGCUACACUUAAAAAUGCCCAAAAGGCCUUGUGGUUUUGUAUGCCUGGAUUAGUGAUCAUAAUCUCAAUGGGAUGUCUGAAUGGUCUAGUAGCCUUUGCCUACUACCAAACCUGCGACCCUCUAUCGGCGGGAAUCAUUAAAGCAGGAGAUCAGCUGCUGCCGCUAUUUGUUAUGGAGAUCAUGGGAAGUAUUCCUGGGUUACCUGGUAUAUUCAUAGCAGCAGUGUUUAGUGGCUCGCUUAGUACUGUGUCAUCUGGUCUGAACUCGAUGUCAGCAGUCCUUCUACAAGAUAUCGUAAAACCAUUUAUAGCACCUACCAUCAGCGAUAAAAAGGCAGCCAAUGUGUCUAAGAUAAUGGCAUUGGUUUUGGGAAUUGUGUGUUUGCUGUUUUCGUAUGUCGCAUCGGAGCUUGGUAGUGUUGUCAAGGCAGCUCUAUCAAUGUUUGGAAUUAUGGGAUCACCGGUGCAUGGUGUCAUUACUUUAGGGAUGAUAUUCCCAUGGGCCAACGCAAAGGGAGCAUUUGCUGGAACUAUUACCAGUAUGGGUAUAAUGAUGUGGAUAGGGAUUGGUUCAUUCAUGUAUAAAAUAUAUCCGAUCUCUCCCAUGUCUACAGAAGGAUGUCCGAACAGCACAACAGGAAUUUGGAAUCACUCUUCAACAUUUAGUAGCAUAGCAAUGACAACUAUACCAACACAGAGUGAAAGCAGCACAAUUUUUCCUCUGUACGACUUAUCAUAUACAUAUUAUAUGCUUUUGGCACCUGCGAUAGUUUUAGUGGUUGGCCUAGCAGUGAGUUUUCUAACAGGCCAUAAUGAUCCAAAGUCUGUAGAUCCACGACUCAUCUGUCCAAUAUUUGAUGUUUUGUGUCCAUACCUUCCUGAAAAGAUCAGAAAACCUCUUCGAUUCGGGAUAAUACACAAAGAUAAAUAUAAAAUUCAAAGCAAAAUGGCAGAGAUGAUCACAGAGGCUCAGCUAAUAACGUUAAACCCUGAUGAUGUCAAAGAUCAGCAGGAAAGGGAAAUGUUUAUAGACGUUAACCCUAGUGAUACCUCAGAAACUCUAAUGAACGGUACAAAGCAGCAUACUAAUUAA